CUCAUGCUUAUGUUGUUUAUUCAUUGGAGCAACCCUGGUGAUUUGUUGGGAGCCUGCGCAUCUUGGUCUGAGAGAUUUGAACAAUUUUUAAAAGAGUGCCCACCUAGGUUCCUAUAUGUCAUGAAAAACAUGCAGAUCUUGCAUGAAUGUUGUGAUAGUCGAGACAAC